UGAUGUUUGUAUGAAAGCAAGAUUUUGGGAUAUUGUAUUAGUCGGUAUCAGUUAACGCUGUGUAAACACAUUCGCUUAAGGGAUCAACGGAUGAGUAUAAAUUACGUUAUGUAGCAGUUUUUGAAGUAUAAUUUGGUUGACGUGCAGAAUUGUGUCGCUUGGGAAAUAGAUUCUUAUUUGGUUUAUUAUAAAAUGUUAGAGAAUGAACGUGACAGCAUGGAUGAGAAACCUUGUUUUCCACCAGGUUUCUCAUCUGUAGAAAAUCAGGAAGCUCGAGCAUUUCUGAGAGAAAAAUUUCUAAGGGUUGUUACAGGAAUUGUAGGUAAAGGCUGUGAGUUCCGCAUGUUUGAUAACACAAAUGUGACAGCAGAGUUUCGAGGUUCUGAUGUGGAUGUAAUGCAUUUCUGUGUAAGGCAGCUGAAAACUCCACUAGGAAUUCUACCAGAAGCUGUUUUACGGACUAGUGAUAUAAUCAGAAUGCACUUACCCAAUAUAGACGACUUGGGAACACAGUACAUGUAAAGAGGAUUCAGAUAUGAACAGCUGAAAAUGAGGUACAAAUAUAAUGAAUACUGGUUUACGUAAGUGUUAGGGAAUUCUUUUCUCUUUUUAGCACAAGAUCUAUUUUUAUGACCAUUAUUCCACUGUAUCAUAUUUUCUGAUCCAUGUAUGGUGAUGCUAAUUGAUUUUAAUACUACAUUGAAGUAUAUGUGAAGGAAAGAAAUUUUGUUUAAUGUGUGAAUAAAUCUGGUUACAUUUAA